ACUAGCUGAGAUGCUAAUGGUUCAUGACAUGAAAAAAAAAUACAAAUUAAAUGGCAAUAUCAAGAUGUAAUAGUGGUAUUUUUUGUUGUCAUUGGUUUGUGAAGGUUAAAACAUCAAUUUAACACCUCAGUGUUGAGUUUACAAUUGCAAGAUCAAUUCAAUUCAGACUCGAGUCCAACUCGGCUCCUUUUGGACUCGGACUCGAUUCCUUAACGACUUGGUCUCGACUCAAACUCGACAAAGCUGGACUCGGACCCAACACUAACGAGUCCUUUUAGGUUUUAACCAUUAAAUUCUGAGGGAGGGUCUGUGAACUCGAGGCUGUAGUGUAGAGAAUCGAGUAUGCCAUUUUGAACGCUGUCAGGAUGACCGUUAAACGUGCGUCCUUGUUUGAAGUGUUUGAAUUAAAUACAGCUUCACGCGGUGAAAUUCCGUGACCAUAUAUAGCGUGCCUUAUUUGACACGCCCACCCUUUCCGCCAAGCGAAUCAGACACGCCCCUUAUUACCUGGCCUUAGGCGGUGCUGAAUGGGGAGCUGAAAAAAAGGGGCGGGGCGUCUCUGUGCGUUUUAUUUAUUUAUUAUUUAUUUCUCUCUUGCAUUUCUUUCUACUCUGUGAGCGAGCCGCUGCGUAGUGCAGGCAAGAACCCCGAGCCAGGCGCAGCUCAUGCUGCUUCUGUUCUUCACAUAGCUUACGCUUUUUGGACGGUUUUGUGUGGGGUUUUUUUUUGGUUCAUAAGAGGACGCGUGAUUAACGACGGUGUUUGUUUGUUGUUGUUUUUUUUUUUUUUUACCCCCCCCCCCCUUUCUCUGCGUCGUGAUCUUUUUUUGGAAUGAUCCGCUUUCUGACCGCCGUUGUUUCCAUGCCAGCAUGGGAACUGCCGUGUCCAAGAGGAGGAAUCUGAGGAAUGAUGCUAUUUCAUCGGUGGCAGCAAAAGUUAGAGCAGCCCGAGCAUUUGGAGAGUACCUUCACGCUCACCCUGAGAGCCGAAACGGAUCAGAUCACUUAUUGUCUGACACCCUCAUUGGCCACGACUCCGACUCGCCGGAUAGUGUUUGUGCCCAGAACCACAACCACCAGCACAGCUUCUCUCUUCAGGACUCGAACAGCAGCGCCGAGCCCAAUCUGAUCGACCCAACGCUGUGCCUGCUGCAGACUUCAGCCGACCCCUCGACCUCCUCUGAGAGCCGCCUGUCGCUAGAGCGCAGCUUCUCGGUCGAGGAGGAGCAGCAGAAGUGCGUGGAGUGCUCGCUGCAGCCAUCACGCGUCUACACCAUCAGCGGUGAGAGCGCCAUGCUGGCCGGCAGCCGUACCAGCAAGGAGAGCUUGGAGCUGGACGUGCUGAGGGAGGGACGGGACGCCCCGUCUGCCUCCCAAACCCUCGCCCACGCCUCCACCUCCACCUCCUCCUCACCCAUCCAGCAUCACCACCACCAUCAUGUCAACCAGCAGCAUAACGCCACUGGGCCGAAUUUGCAGCAGCCUGCAGGCGGAGCGUCAGGAAGUGCAGGAGCAGGUUCAUCGCAGCACCAACACCACCACCAUCACCACCAUCACCACCACCUCUCGCAGCCCCUGCAGAGUUCCGUCAGCGCCCACAACAUCCGCGGAUGGGGCGAGGGCAAAGAGUGCGGCCUGGCGUGCGACUUGUGCGCCGGAGAGCCGUCACGCAGCCACGGCUCGCUAGAGCUGGAGAGCAGCGGUCGAGACCCAGGCAAGCAGCGCCGCCCACUAGAGCGCAUGAGCAGUGUGGACCGGGUGACUUUUAUAGACAGAGAAGACAGCCAGUGGUACCCCAAAGAGAACAUGUUCAGCUUCCAGACUGCUACCACGACCAUGCAGGCGAUCUCAAAUUUCCGGAAGCACCUUCGAAUGGUGGGCAGCAGAAGAAUGAAAGCUCAGACCUUUGCAGAGCGCAGGGCGAAGAGCUUCAACCGCUCCUGGAGCGACCCGACCCCGGUCAAGCAAGACUCGCUACCCGACUCAAAAGACAGUGGGGAUCUGCAGAUGCCGUCUGCUGCACAAGAUGAGGGAGGCUGUAACGACACGGGCUGGGAGGAGGAGAAAGAGAUGGAGCGACUGGCCUGUGAAAGCGAUGACUUCAUCCCUCCGAAAGUCAUGUUGAUAUCAUCGAAAGUUCCUAAGGCGGAGUAUGUCCCCAAUAUUAUUCGCAGAAAUGACCCUUCCAUUAUCCCCAUACUUUAUGAUCAUGAGCAUGCGACAUUCGAUGAUAUUUUGGAGGAGAUUGAGAAAAGACUGACUUCCUAUAGGAGAGGAUGCAAGAUCUGGCGCAUGCUCAUCUUCUGUCAGGGUGGACCAGGGCAUUUGUACCUGCUGAAGAAUAAAGUGGCCACUUUUGCCAAGGUGGAAAAAGAGGAGGACAUGAGCCAGUUUUGGAAAAGGCUAAGCAGAUUUAUGAGUAAAGUAAACCCAGAGCCUAACCUGAUCCAUGUCAUGGGCUGCUAUGUACUGGGGAAUCCUAAUGGAGAAAAGCUGUUCCAGAAGCUGAAGAACCUGAUGAGGCCUUAUUCAGUCACCUUUGAGUCACCGCUGGAGUUAUCUGCACAGGGAAAGGAAAUGAUUGAAAUGUAUUUUGACUUCCGCCUCUACCGAUUGUGGAAGACGAGGCAGCACUCGAAGCUCUUGGACUAUGAAGAUCUGUUGUGACCCAGAGACCCUGAGAGCAUGGGUCCUAGCAGACAGAACUCCCCCAUCCCCCUCGCCCCUCCCUCCCCUGUGAAACAACACAUCCCACCAGCUCUCAUUAAAGAUAACAGGAACUAGACAUGGUGCCACUGGUAUCUCAGAGUCAGUUAUUAUGUAUUCCGACCCUUCACUCGAGACCCUGAGUCACAAGCUUGGCAGAAGGGUUCAGGGUUGAAGACGGAGACGAGAGGGGACAUGUGCCAAGGACAGCGUUUCAUGUCAGAGUAAGCAAAGUGAAAUCUCUCCUUGGUGGCAGUGUAGAAGAAUGGAGGCUGACUGUUCAGUGUUUUCUAUGUCACAUAUCUAUUUCACCAAGGCUCUCUCUCAAAGAGUAUUGUGCUUUAUAUAUAUAUAUAUAUAUAUAUAUAAGUCUUAUGUCUAAUGCCAGGCUGUUUUUCGAACCUUUUUUUUUUCUCUUCGAAAAUACAAUUGAGACAUGAGAAGAAAUCAUACUAGUAAUAUAUGGAUGUGCAUACAUCUUGUUAUAAUAUAUUAUGUAGCCAUAGUCAUGCAAAUAAUCCAAAUGUCAGUGGUCCAUAAUUUAUAUAAUGAUGUUUAUUGUUGUGGUCUUUUUAAUGACGUCCUUUGAAUACCUCAGGUUUUAGCCAUUAAGGAGUAUGUCCAUUAAAACCUCUGUCCAGAUGUGAUUGGAAGUCCUUGUUAAGUAUCUUGUGUGAAGACUGUAUACUCUGCUGACUUAUACAUUAUCGAUAGUCACUAGAGAAGAUGCCAGAGAAUUCUUCUAGCCAAUCGUUGAAUAUGUUUCCCACAUUGUAGUCAAGUUCUGAAACCUUUGUUACAGUGUAGACUAGUUCAUCUUUCGGGCCUCCAUCAGGAUAUAAUAGGCGGUUUUCGAGCUCCUAGCUUAAGACAUUGUAUUAGCAGUAACCAUUAGCAGAAUUUCAUUUCCAGAGGUCAGCUUACUGCAGUAUGGGAAAUGGCACUGCACUAGUGAAGUGUCAGCGAUUUAUACUGCGUUGCUGCAUUGCUUCAGUGGGGCACAAAUGCUGAAUGCACUAAAAUCUAUUUUUGUGAAAAAAUAUUCAAGCCUGUCAUAUAUCAUGCGAUGUCUUACGUCAGCCAUUGGAUCAAAAGUCCUUGAGUCAGCAAAGUUUGUCACUUGUGGAGAAAGAGAGAGAGAGAGAGCGUGAGAGAGAGAGAGGGGGGCAGGCGAUUACUUUAUGAAGUUCCAGACGUUGACGUCUGACUUUCUGGUCCCUUCAAAAACAUUUUCACAAACAAAGUCAGGGACUUUAUAGGAGGAGUGUGUAAUGUUUCGAGCCCUGCAUACUGCCUGUGAACAAAAGCAUUUACAAGCCUUACUCUCUCUCUCUCUCUCUCUUUCUCUCUCUCUCCCCCACCUCUUCUGUGAGAUGGUUUCGAGGAAGCUCAUAACUGGGCCCAAAAUUUUCUUUACAGCCUGUAAAGCUGGUUUUACACAGUGCGAUUUCAGCGGGCUUUUAAGAUUUCUCGUCACACUGAGAGGAUCCCAGUAAAAUCUUGGCUGAAUUCUAUCAAAGACCGUGCGAUAACACGUAUUCUCCAGUCCCUCCAGGAUUUCGUGAUUUAGUGAUCGCAGAAAUGAACGCGAAAUCAAGCAAACGCUUCAGAAUUACCGCAGAUUUGGGCCGAAAUUACCAUGUCCUGCUUACGACAUCAAUCUGGGUUUGUGUGGAAAAUGCGGUCCGCAUGAACAGAAACGUUCUUUAUAGUGAUCUUAAAGUUAAACACGUUUUUCUUGUUUUGUUUGUUUCUCCAAUGGCACUACGGUAUUUGUAGCUGUCCUGUAACUUCAGCGUAAUCCUACGCCGUAAUUCUAUUGGUGGCUUUUAGAUGAGGGUAAGCAACAUUCUCGAUACUGCCGAAACAUCAUCUGUUGUCGGUGGCACUGGCGCUAAAUCUUCCACAGAUGAGCACAUCACAUUGUGCAUUAUAAGGCUGAUCUCAAAUCACGACCAAAGAAUUCUUUUACAAUGUGCAAUUUUCGGUCUACGGCAGCAAGCUCGGGCUGUAAACAGUACAGUGUAAGGCCAGCUUUAAGAGGAUAUGGAUUCAGUGAUUUUCUUUGGUAGGAAGUGUUCAAAUGGAAUAGACGACGGGAUGCACGUGUGAGGAGUUGCUGAUUCUCACCGGGCGUCGGUCGCUAAAAAUUAGCUAGUGAAAAGGAGGUCUGAUGCAAAAGCUAACAUAGCUACUGUUACCCAAAGUGUGCAUUAGCUAACAAUAGUGAAGUGUGUUUUAUAAUUGCUGCUGGUUGCUCUGUUCCUCCUGGCUAACUGAGAAAUUUCAGUUAGAUUAGCUAAAUAAAUAUAGUACUCCAUUCCUAACCUGUGUGUGUGUGUGCCAGUUGGGACACGUUAAUGAAUUGGCCUGAUUUUGGGGCAAUUUGAGCCAUUUUGAAGCCAUCUGCGAGUUCUGGUUGGUGUCUGUAUGGCUGGAGUAUGUCACAGUGACAUGCUGAGAGAGGUGGGAAAUUGAGUGUGUAUUCAGCCACUAUCAUACUGUUAGGAACAUUUGGUUGUAUAAAUGUUGGUGUGCAGUCUGGAGACCUCGAAAACGAACAGAUGGAAUAGAGUCCAGUUUGAUUCGGCACCGAUUUCUGUACAGCUACAGUGGCGUCCAAAAGUCGGAGACCACUAGUGAACGUGCUUUUAUUUUGUAUUCUUUUCCAAUCUAAUACAUUUUUUUUUCCAUUACAAAUCCUAUUAGAAAUAACUUGGAAAAUAGUGGGCACACGGUGGCUGAGUGGUUCGCCUCACACCUCCAGGGUCGGGGGUUCGAUUCCCACCGUGGCCCUGUGUGUGCGGAGUUUGCGUGUUCUCCCCGUGCUGCGGGGGUUUCCUCCGGGUAUUCCGGUUCCCAGUCCAAAGACAUGCAUGGUAGGCGUGUCCGUAGUGUAUGAAUGGGUGUGUGAGUGUGUAUGUGAUUGUGCCCUGCGAUGGACUGGCACCCUGUCCAGGGUGUACCCCGCCUUGUGCCCGAUGCUCCCUGGGAUAGUCUCCAGGUUUCCCCGUGACCCUGAAGAUGAAGAUGGAUGGAUGGAUGGAUGGAACUUGGAAAAUAAAUGUUGAAUCUUAGAAAUAUCAAAUGAAUUUCUUAGCAUUUAGUAUCUUCUUAGACUCUUCCCCCACUUGACAUGGAUUCCACGAGUUUCUUGAAAAACCUCAUGAUCCAUGUUCGAUCAGAUACAUCGGAGUGUCAUCCGAGCACGUGCUUCACUUUGUUUAUUUCCAGUUUUAAAUAAUAAUAAAGAAAAACUUUCCCUAAUUUAAAUAUGGUAUCAGACUUUUGGACCCCGUUGUACGUUGCCUAAACUAACCGCCACACACGCUGCAGCUGAAUUUGCAGGUCAGUUGAUUCAGUUGUAGCAAUAUGAAAAAUGUGACACUAAUUUUAUUUUUUUUUUUUUCAAACCAUUUUGGGUUAAUUCUAUUCAGUUCCUGUAUCUGAAUUAGAUGCUUGGGUUUGUCUCUAAGACUGCACUCAUCCUACAGUAUGUAUGAAGUGCAUACAGGAGCUAUUAUUUUUACACCAUAUGAAGUUUGUACCGUAAUGUCCAGUCAAAGACACAUUUGUUUACCUUCAUACUAAAUCAUAAUAAAAAUUAUUCAUUUGAACGGUGUAUCGUUGUAGUUUUGGCUCAAAUUCUCACAUCACAAUGAAUAUUAAUAUAGACAUGAAGAAUCAACUUUAUUUAUAAAGCAUCCUGGGAACUACUUGGCUGCUUUUUGACAGCAGACGUUCGAUUAGUAGACCGUAUUAUGCAUUUCAGACUUGAUGCUGUUUUAUUUUACUGAUUCUUUGUACGUUGUACGGCAUACGUUCCACGUGUGAUACCCUAUACAGACAUUAAAUAGAAGAAUUUUAUCCAGGGAUCGACAGGGGGAAAUAUAUAUUUAGGCAAUUAUUCAGUCAGCCAAUCACGUGGCAGCACCACCGUGCAUACAAUCAUGCAGAUACAGGUCAAGAGCUUCUGUCAAUGUUCACGUCAAGCGUUCGCAUGAGGGGGAAAAAAUGUGAUCUCAGUGACUUAUUGUCUGAUGGGCUGGUUUGAGUAUUUCAUAAACUACUGAUCUCCUGGAAUUUUCACAUACAACAGUCUCUAGAGUUUACACAGAAUGGUGUGAAAAACAAACAACAGCCAGUAAGUGUUAGUUCUGCAGGCAGAAACUCCUUGUUGAUGAGAGGAAAAUAAGAAAAAAAAAUCUUCGGACUGUUGUGUAGGUAAAUGCACCAACUGGCACCAACAAGCAUGGCACAGUCAGGAUUUCGAGAGUGUUUGAUAUGAACAUUACCACAAGCUCUUGACCCGUAUCUGCCUGAUUUUAUGCAUUGUGUUGCUGUCACAUGCCGUUGAUUGGAUAAUUGCACAAAUGAGCAGGGGUAUACAGGCGUUCUUUAUUCUUUUAAAUCACUUUAAUGCGUUCAUUUGUAUUAGUCUUUGUAAGUCCGUGUUCUCUUGAGAUCUCAGUCCAGAUACCCUGCUGGACUCGAACCAGGUGCCGUUCCCACUCCCUCAGCUCCAGUUCUCUUUCCAUGGUGCUUUUCAUCCUGGGUCAUGCAUGUUUUUGUGUGCUAGGGAUCUGGCCAUGUGUGGAGGCAGAUUAACAGCAGCACAGCUGGCCCACUGCUGAUUGAGUUGAUUAAGAGAUGAUUGAUGGUUUGCAGAGUGUAGACUGCGCCGAGCUUUUUUACCAGGCCUCUUCUGACACGAGAUUAGGUUGCUUUUUGGGGUUUUUUUUUUUGUUUGUUUCUUCUUUAUUUAUUUUUAUUUUUAUUUUAUUUUAACACCGUUCUGAUUGCAGAGACCAGGAUGCAUAUUCAAUAAUGAAUAAGUUACAUUCCUGAGCUUCUUGAAAGGAGGGACAUGGAGAAUAGUUUAUUUUUAUCAUUCCCAGCAAUGUUCCGUGUUUUUAUUUUUAUUUUUUUAUUAUUAUUUAUUUAUUUUUAUAUAUAUGGGCUAGAUGUUGUAGAUAUUAAAUCAAUAUUUCUGAUGGUGUUGCUGAUCUCAUUUGAAAUACAUAAUUGUAGCAUAUUUGUUCAUUGUAUAACUGUAUCAUUGUACUGGGGAUUAAACUCAAGUGUGAAGAUUACAUUUGCAGUACUAAUGUCAUUUUGAAUGUCAGACAUUCUACCACACUGGCACUGGACAGGUGCAUAAUGUUUCUAACACUUUUUUCUAAUAAAACAUUUUGUUCCAAUAAAAUUUGAAUGACUCGUUCUUAUAUUUCACUGGACGUUAUAUAUUGCACGUUAUUGUUAAACUUGCACCAUCAAAUGAGGGUGUUACAGCAUACCUGGUUCUAGUUUUUUUUCUUACUUUUUUUUUUUUUGGCCAACAUGUGACCUAUUGUCGAGCAACCUUUCGGGUCAGGAUGGCUAGUAAUUUAUUUUUACCAGGCCUGGAUGGAGGUGACUAAUGGAGAUAAACAUGAUCGAUGCCCAAAAUGUUUAGGACUUCAGCAUCUUGCCCUAUUACAGACCCAGCAGCAUAAUGCAGAUAGCAGUAAAUGAACCAUUUCUCACAGACGUGGAGAAUAAUACUGACAACAUUCAUUACACUUCCUCUGACACGGCAUGGUUACAGCAGGGAGUGAAGUGAAGAUCAAACAUGGCUGUUUCACCCUCAGAAAAGGAAAGCUCCAUUGUUACAUCAUUGCAGCAGAAUCAGGCAGAAGGCUUGGCUGCUCAGCCAGUAGAAAGGAGUCUGAUCACCUACAGAAUAGAGGAAUUGGCAGCCAAAUUCACAAGCUGUUUGCAACAAUGAGUAAGAACUCGGAGGAGCCAAGUACAACCAUCUCACACGUGGAGAGAAACCCUUAUGUACUCUCUCUGGCUGCUUCUAAUUGUCUGAAUUUGAGUAAUGAAUCCUCCCUGUUUAUAGACUGCCAUCUGUGCAUUCCUGAUGUCCAGAACAUAAUGCAGGAGUACAGCUCAGCAGUCGCAGUGCAUGCAUUACAGGCUGGAAUUAAGAUUGCUUUACCCAAACGAAAGCUUGGUUCUGCAACCAAUUAGACGUCGAAAGACAAUUCGAUUUGCAUCUGCCCAUGCAAUAACUAGGCUAGUCCGGAAUGUACCAGUUUCAUUUAAGAGCUCUUUUGCACAUUCACGAGCACUGUAAAGAUGCAAACUGGUAAAAGAACAUGCUGGUUUCAAUGGCAGAUGCAGUUGCGAACGCUAAGGUUGACUUUAAUACUUCCAACAGAGAUACCGGUGACCUCUCUUGUUAUACAGGUUGAUGAGAUUUGUACGCUGAAAUCCCUACGUCGUAUAGACACAAAAAUAAACAAGCUUGUUUGUAAGAUCUAUGACAUUUACUCUGAUAAAUGUAUCUAUAUCUAUGGUGGCACAGUUGAUUCUGGCAUUUCAUGAGAUAAUUCCCAUUACCGGAGAUGCAAUGGGUACAAUAAUUCCACAGGCAGCCGUCCAAGAAAUGUGAGGGUUUGUUAAUGCAAAUGAGAAGGAAAGUUUGCCUGGUUUGAACUCCACUGCCAGAGCCUUGUAAUGCCAUCUGCCAGUAGUACCUGGACAAGUCUUUGGCACACAGGCCCACAGGGUGCAAACUCGUGUUUCUGUCCAAAACACAACCGAGUUUUGAUUCAGCACUCUACCUUUAGGCAUUCCUGUCUGCCAUCACACAAUUCCUGCAAGCUGGGUUUCAGAAAUUGCAUCAGUGGAUCGAUGGAGUGCCCACACCCAGGGCAUGAUUCACCAAAAUUUGAUCUGAAUGCAAGCUCUCUUGCUGGUUUUGCAGCAUUUUCUGGAACUAAUGGUGUCAUACAUACAAGUGCAGAACAGCCACACUUCAAUGGUGUUCAAUAUCAAAUGGCAACACGGCACAAAAUUGCAAACAAAACUGAGAUAGGCAAGCGCUAGAAUGUUAGACGUACAGCUUCUCUCUCUGCCUACGUAUCAGCUCGUGCAAUCGGACA